UGACGGAAAGCGGCCAUUUAAAAGAGUUCAAAGCACGGUAAGUGGACCUUUGUUGGUACACCUGCUGUGGCGUGCUAAACGCUGUGAACACUGGGCCCUGGGCACCGAAAUUAUAAAGGAACGUCACGCCAUGGCUACAAAUCUUGGACGCCCGGUGCUAUGUUCAGAAAACGCAAGGCCUGCUACACUUGGAAAGCCACAGUCUCAGAUUCCACGAGUAGGCAUAAAACCGUUGGCUGCCAAAAACGUGGUGGGAGUGAGAAGGGCGAAUUCUCUGAAGCAAACCACUGACAAAGUAGUAUGUAAGAACGCGAAUAGCUCGGCUGUUUCAUCACAACUACAAGGGAAGAAGUUGAAGCAAAGUACUACAAUACUUCCACCACUUGCAAGGCUUUCUGUCAAGGAAGAAUCGGAACCCAUAUCCUAUUCCUCUCUACUGCUGCCACAUGAUGUCAAUGAUGUUGAUGAGCAUGAUCAGGGAAAUCCCCAGCUGUGCGCACAGUAUGCAAAAGAGAUAUUUAACUACCUCUCGCAGUUGGAGUUGGAAUACACUAUCAGAGCAAACUUUCUUGCUGGAAAACGUGAAGUCACAAAGGAGAUGCGUGCCAUUCUUGUAAACUGGCUCGUGCAAGUCCAUGCCAGGUUUCGUUUGCUUCAAGAGACCCUGUACCUCACUGUUGCUGUCCUGGACAGGUACCUCCAGGAAAACGAAGUAUCAAGGUCCAAGCUGCAGCUCGUGGGAACGACUGCACUUUUCAUUGCGUGCAAGUACGAGGAAAUGUACGUGCCAGCCGUGGACGACUUCGUUCACAUUUCCGACGACGCAUUCUCAAAGUCCGACCUGCUCAAAAUGGAAACUGUGAUGCUCAAGGCACUUAACUUCAGCCUCGGAAGGCCACUUCCUCUACAUUUUCUACGACGUGCAUCCAAAGCAGGAAUGGUGGAUUUCUCUGUCCACUCUAUGGCCAAGUACUUCAUGGAGCUGACAAUAAUGGAGUACGACAUGGCCCAUGUCCGACCGUCCCUGGUAGCUGCAGCAGCUCUCUGGCUGUCCCUCCAGUUGCUUAAGGCGGGGAACUGGACGAAAGACCUUGCUUACUACAGCAAGUACACGGAGAAACAAAUGGCACCUGUUGCAAAGCGUAUGUGCCGAAUGAUACUUGCUGCUGGCACCACAGCUCACAAGGCAAUCUACAACAAGUACAGGAGCCCACAGUUCGACUCUGUCAGCACCCAUCCACAGCUACAGCCUUCAAAGAUAAAGGAGAUUGCUGCCCAGUAUGGACGUCCCUGAUUAACCUUUCAGUUUUAGAUCAUUGUAGUAGAUUAUUCCGCUUUCUUUUCUUUUGUGUGUGUGUGUCUAGACGAGUGAAGGACUAAGAGUCGGUUCACAUAAUCACGAGCCGUGCUGUUUCAUCGCGUAUAACGAUCUGUUUGGGGCAUCACAGAAAUAGUUCUGUACAACAUCAAUUGGGAAGCAUCCUUCAUUCUGUCUACCUCUCAUGCCAUGCCUCUGCUGUCCCCUUUUUGUACAGACAUUGUGGACACUUCAUAAGUGAAUUUUAACGUGCUUUUCGAAGGAAUAAAGGUAUUUUAUCUAAGAACAA